AUGCAUGUUCUAUUCUGGAACAUUAAUGGAGUUUCUCGUAGGUAUGAUAGAGUUGAACUUUAUGAGUUAGUUAAAGAACAUAAACCUGAUAUUAUUGGUUUAGCUGAGCCAAGGUUUGCUUGUUCCCCAAGAUUUAAGCGUAAACUUAAUAUUAUUGGUUUUAGUAGCAAUAUUAUUCAUAAUUCAAAUAACGAUACAGUUGGGAAUAUUUGGGUCAUGUGGUCUUCUAGUUUGCCUGAUCCUGUAGUGGUGACGCGGAGAAGUUUAUGGCAACAACUGGGUUUGGGUAAUAGUCAGGUUACAUGGCUAGUAGUCGGAGAUUUUAAUUGUGUCCUUCGUCUUGAAAAGAAAAAAGGUGGUGUUUUUACUUGUACUUCAGUUGUUAAUGAGUUUGGUGAUUGGUUAGACGAUAACGGGUUGUUUGAAGCUGAAGCUCUUGGCAGUAGUUUUACAUGGUCUAAUCGUCCGUCAGGGGAUCGGAGAAUUAUUAGUAAACUGGAUAGAGUUAUUAUUAAUGAAGCUUUGUUGGAGAAGUAUGAGAACUGGCGGAUGGUUCAAGAUAGCUGGGAUAAACCAGUUGUGGGUUCUCCGACCUAUGUUUUUCCUUUUAAGUUGAAGCGUCUUAAGGCAGAUAUGAAGGAGUGGAAUAAACGGGUGUUUGGUAAUGUGCAUAUUCGGCUAAAACAAGAUCAGUUGAGAAUGGAGAAUGCUUUACGUGAAACUGAUGAGGACCCUAGUAAUGUUGGUAAGCUGAAUAAUAUGAAGAGUAUAGCCGUGGAACUUAACAAUACUAGAUUUAUUCACAUUAGAAGAAGUAGUAAUACUAUAUCAGAACUUGUGAAUGAAGUUGGUGAGACGAUUACGAAUGUUGAUCAAAUGUUGCAGCAUGUUGUUAGUUUUUAUGAAGCUAAAUUCAAUGGGGAUUAUUCGGUGCUGGAUGAUUCCUUAUUUGACAUUGAUCAUGCGACUAUUUCUCCUGAGGAGAGUAUUGGAUUAAGCAAUUUUUUCUUCAAGAUUUUUACCAAAAUCUUGGCAACAAGAUUAGGUACUGUUUUGGGUAACUUGGUUUCUGAGGAACAUGUUGCUUUUAUCAAGGGAAGAAAUAUUCAUGAAAAUAUUAGUUUGGCGUCUGAGAUGGUUAAUGAGCUGCAAAUCAAGCGGAAAGAUGGUAAUGUGGGGCUAAAACUUGAUAUUACUCAGGCUUUUGACACUGUUAGCUGGAAGUUUAUCAUGGAGGUCUUUAGAAGGUAUGGGUUUUCUGAAGGUUGGUGUACUUGGAUUCUUCAUAUUCUUCAGUCGGCAAGGAUUUCGGUUCUCUUCAACGGUAGUCCGGAGGGAUUCUUCAAGAUUGAUAGGGGUCUUCGUCAGGGUGAUCCUCUCUCACCCUUAAGUUUUGUCUUAAUUGAGGAUGUAUUGAGCAGAAACAUUGCUAAGUUUUUUAGAGAUCGAAAAAUGACUCACAUGACGGUUAUUAGGCAAAAGAGCAAGUUGUAUUAUGGAGGGGGUUCUUUGUCUAGGCGAACAUCUAUUUCUAAUUUUCUUGUUAUGGAAGUUGUUUCCUUCCCAGAUAGGUAUUUAGGUGUUAAAAUAAUGCCAGGGACGGUGCGGUAUCAUCAUAUUAGUAACGUGGUAGAGAAGAUAAAAGAGCAGCUCUCAGGUUGGAAGGGGAAAUAUUUAUCUUUUCAAGACAGAGUAGUUCUUGUAACUGUGAUAGCUAGCUACUCGAUUCACAAUAUGGCAGUUUAUCAUUGGACGAAAAAAUUUGUUCAUCAAUUUGAAGUUGCUAUACGCAACUUUAUUUGGACUGAAGAUUCAAGUGUGCAAAGAUCUUUUACAGUGGCGUAUGACAAAAUUUGUGUUCCGUAUGAAGAGGGUGGCCUGGAAUCUCGAGCAUGA